GUUGGCAUGCUCUCUGCCGUCCCUCACCUCGUCAUGACCAUCAUUGUACCAAUUGGAGGGCAAAUUGCAGAUUUCCUAAGAAGCAAGCAAAUUCUUUCCACUACUACAGUGAGAAAGAUCAUGAAUUGCGGUGGUUUUGGCAUGGAGGCCACACUGCUGCUGGUUGUGGGCUAUUCUCAUACCAGAGGGGUGGCCAUCUCCUUCCUGGUGCUAGCUGUGGGAUUCAGCGGAUUUGCUAUAUCUGGCUUCAACGUGAACCACUUGGACAUAGCUCCGAGGUACGCAAGCAUCUUGAUGGGCAUUUCGAAUGGUGUCGGCACGCUGUCAGGAAUGGUCUGUCCCAUCAUUGUUGGUGCGAUGACAAAAAAUAAGUCCCGGGAGGAGUGGCAGUACGUCUUCCUCAUCGCCGCCCUGGUCCACUACGGCGGAGUGAUCUUUUAUGCAAUAUUUGCCUCAGGAGAGAAACAACCUUGGGCGGACCCCGAGGAGACCAGCGAAGAAAAAUGUGGCUUCAUUCACGAAGAUGAGCUGGAGGGAGAAACGGGGGACAUCACCCAGAACUACAUCCACUACGGCAGCACCAAGUCCUACGGGUCCACCACGCAGGAGAACGGCGGGUGGUCCAGCGGCUGGGAGGGAAAAGCCGAGUUCGUACAGGAGGGCGCACGGGACACCUACACCCACAAGGACCGAGACGAUUAUUCCUAACGAAGCUAAUGGCUGGGUUUAUUUUUAGUGUUCGUGAUUAAAUUCAUUGUGAUCGCACAAAAAAUUUAAAAUGUGAUGUAAACAUGUAAACAUAUCAACCAAGCAAAUCUCGCUGUUAAAAAAAAACACAAAAAACUGAAAUCAAAACCAAUCAUGAGAUGACCAUCCAGUGCAAUCUGUGGAAGUUGUCCAGUUCCAUCAUCUCCAUUCAGGUGGUUUUUCCUUGCAUUUGUGACUUAAAGGUUCGUUUAGAGAUAAGUAGGUAUUCACUGGAUUCAUUGAAAUGAAGGCCAUCACCAUUUCAGAAAGCACAACUCAAACAGUUGGCAUGAGUCAUCCCACCGAACUUAGGAAGGUAAAGCUGCUGAUCAUGCAAACCGUGCUUACACAUUCCUUACACCAUAUCGCAAGAUAUCACGGGGGAUUCCUGGUUAGAGACAAGGGAGAUGGAAAAGCUGACCGAGUCACGUGUUGACCAUGAUUAUUAAGCAUAAAUCAUGGAGUGGCAAUAUCUCUUAAUCGAAGAAAUAUAUUGUAUGCUAACACCUAGCAAACUGUACUGAAUAAUCAUUAGGACUGCAAGUGUGCAAUAUUUUGUGAUCCUCCGGAAGAAUAUCUUGCUGUGUUUCUGUGAAGUGCUUGGGCACAAAUACUUAUUUUUCUGAAAGAGAGCUUGUAAAGGGAGGGUCUGGUUUAUGUUCUUCCAUUCAUUACCUAACAGUAUAAAACACCGAACAUUUCAACAAAAUUCAACUUUUCGUGUAACAUAUCACAUAACUUUUUUUGCAAAAAAUAUAAAAAAGAAAUAUACUCAAUGUAUUUUUUAUUACAACUUUGUACUGGUUGUAACUUACACUAGGAAAAAAUGAUAUAGAUAUAUAUAUAUACCAUAAAGAAUCUAAUAAAAAUUUACUAUGAAGAUAUAGCCCUUAAAAUGCAAUAUCAACAACAAAAGAAAUAGAAAAUGAUUUAGAUAUCCUUCUUCCAUAAUAAAGACUAUAUGAAUCUUGUGCCACAGAGCUAUAUGUACUAUGAAAAGAUAAAUUUAAUAGAGAUACUAUAAGUAGACAAUUUUAUUAUCUAAUGUCCCAUUUAAGAGACAUGUGUCUUAAGUAUAUAGAACAAAACUAUAUUAAAAAUUCUAUAUCUCUGUAUAUCUUAUACAUACCCACACACAAACAUAACAAUUUUCACACAGAACCAAAAUAGCAAUACACCUAAUGUUGGGUUAAGGGACUGCAAUUUCUACUUUCAUAGAGUCAUCAACUUUUAGGUGGGAAAAGGGCAUUUUGCUUGUCAUUGCUUAAUACAUCUCAACGGGAACCGCCCAAGCAAUAAGAGCAUAAACGUCCUGUUUCUGUGUCAUUUCUGUGUCGCUUAUGGUAGCUAUUUGGGUGGUGGGAACGGUUUUCUUUUUAAGCAGCUAACAACAGAACUCUGUAGAAUGUUCCUUGGUGAUACUGCAUUUCCCAGUUCGGCGCAGAAUUCCACUGGUGUAUUUAAUACGCUGUUCUUGGUAUUUGAUCUGUUCGGUGUCCUGUGCUCGUGAACGGAGACCCCUGCUACUGCAAAUAUAAACAUGAAGUUUGUUUCUGAAAUGCAAACCACUCCUGACCUUAAGAAAAUAAAACUCCUCCCAGCUUUGUGUCUCAAAGUGACAUCCUGUGAUCCUA